GGUUGACAGGCUGAAAGUGGGUGCACUCGGAGAUCACUUUUUAGGAGGUUUUAGGCAACCUCGUGUGACUCCGAGCAUCCCCCUCUGUCCUUCGGUUGAGUCUACGUGUCAGGCCGGCGAUGGUGUUCUCAUCUCCCAGCAUUUUAUUUUUAACCGACAAGAAAAUUGAAUGGGACCGGCACACAGGCAAGACAAUCCCGGAAAUAACAUGCGUACUCACAGCCUGUCACGUACGCUCACUGGAUUUGCAUUGCUGUAGGCUGCCGAAGAUAUCUUGCACAUAAUCAAAAUGUGAGUAAAACGGAUACGAACAAGUUCGCAGUUCGACAGUAUUAAAUGAGAGUUAUUGCUGAAAACAAAGAAAGGAGAAGAAGACUUGGACAUGAAACUUCUGGUGGCUGUGGCAAAAAUCCUCUCGGUCAGGGAAAGCAGCGGCUCAGCUGGAAAAUGAAGCGAGGACGUGGGCUACGUGCGCAUCCAGCUGAUGACGAGGUGAAAUGGAGAGUUUGGGACACACGGACCUUUUAAAAAGCUCUUCCCGCGGAUGCGUCGAUGUUUCAGCCUCACAAGAGAGAAGGACGACCUGCCAGCAGCUGGGCUUUGGAGAGGCGGAGAUUCACCACACCUACCGGGCAGACAUGGGGCUAGACGGCUCCUGCGCGGCCCCGGUCGGUAGUCCAACGGCGGCCGAGUUACUCGCGGGUCUGGCCUCUCAGACCGACUCCCCUGCAAUCACCACCCCGACUAAGCUGUCCAAAACCGGCGUGCCGCUCUACAACGGAGGGGUGGUGUCUCCAUCAGCUACGGUGGAGGGGAGCCACGCAGGCGUUCUGGCUCACACACCAAACGGUUACCCAGCACAUACAAAGGGGGUGGUGGGUGUAGGCAGCCCUAUGCACCAACUUACCAGCAGAGCCUGUCUGGUGGAAAGCGGGGACCAGACAGACCAUGAGAAGUGCCCUUUAGUGAUGAGGAGGAUCAAUUGUGACCUGAGAGCCAGACAGGUGCAGCAGCAGAAAAGGAGAUGUGGGGAGAACCGGGGCAUGGGGUCAGGAACUCUUAACACUCACAUAAUGGGUUCACCAGGCUUAGGAAGUUCUGUUGACCCGGUUUUUACCCCCGGGGACUCAGACUUUAAGCGGAGAAGGCUGGUGGAUGGAAGUGUUGCUCACAAUCCUUCAGAGACCUCCAGAUUGGCCCCAGUAGUCGCCCCACUCACAGCCAACUGCAGCAACAGUUCCCAUAGCAACCAAAUGACUAUCAAUAAUGUGCACUGUGCUCAAUUUCCCUUUACUCCUCAUAAUAACCAGCACAAUGGACAUCAAGUGGCCUCCUCAGGCCGGCCAGAUGCACCCUGCCAAACCUCCCCUGUCGUGGCUAACUGCAUCCCGACCCCUGAACCUGCAGGGGGGGGCUGGUCAGCAGAGCACAUAGCCCAGCAGUACAUCGUCCCCUGCAUGAAAUACUAUGGCAUCUGUGUGAAGGACAACUUCCUUGGUCUUCAGCUAGGCAACAUGGUCCUGGAGGAGGUGGAAGCCCUAAACCGCAGUGGGAGAUUUCGGGGCGGUCAGCUUGUGAGCCAGAAAAACAUUCCCUCUAGAAGCAUACGGGGCGACCAGAUCGCCUGGGUGGAGGGACGAGAGCCCGGGUGCGAGGGCAUCGGGACGCUGAUGGCUUACAUCGAUGAGGCCGUCAUGUACAGUGCCGCCAAUGGAAAGCUGGGGGACUGUGUCAUCAACGGACGCACUAAGGCGAUGGUUGCAUGUUACCCAGGGAACGGGACGGGGUAUGUCCGCCAUGUUGACAACCCUAAUGGUGACGGACGCUGCAUCACGUGUAUCUACUAUCUCAACAAGGACUGGGAUGUCAAGAAACAAGGAGGGCUGCUGCAGAUCUACCCUGAAGGCAAAAAUGUGGUAGCGAACAUCAAACCUCUGUUUGACCGGCUGCUCAUCUUCUGGUCUGACCGCAGGAACCCACAUGAAGUCAAGCCAGCCUACGCUACUCGCUAUGCCAUCACAGUCUGGUACUUUGAUGCAAAAGAGAGAGCUGAAGCUAAAGAGAAGUACAGAUUGGCAACAGGACAGAAAGGUGUUCAAGUGCCUGUCACCCAAAACAGCAGGACAUAAAUCUCAGCGUAUCACUGGAGAAAAGUCUAAAAGUAUUAUGUGCCUUCUGAACUGCUAAUGGACGUUGCAAUCAAAAAGGGAGAGACCGUUAAAUUGUCCGUCAUCAUAGCAGCUCCAUGCCGGUCUGCAGUGUCAGCUGUCAGACUGGCUGCGAUGUGAUCGGGCUGCAGAACAGGGAAAUGGCAAAUAUGGAGCACAAAAGGAGAAGAGAAAGACGUUGAUGUCUCGCUGAAUCUUGUAUAAAGACAACAAACUGGAAGAAAGAAACAGACUCCUUCAUUUUAUUUAGUCAUUUUCCCUGUUUGUUUUUCUGUGAUGUUUUGAUAAAUCAAUACCUUUUCUCUGCUCUAGUGUCAUUUUCAAAUUAAAACAAAAGAUGGUGAAUCAAUGGGGAGAAAAGGGGGCCCUAGGAGUUGUCCCUGAAUUAUUUCCCCCUUGCCUGGGUUUUGUCCACUUGUCUCAUGAUGUUGGCAAGUGGACAACAAGAGUGUAAAAACAGAGGCACGGGAAAAAGAAAACAAUCAGAAGACUCUCUCUGCCACUCAUUCAGUCAGACCAGCCUAAAGCACCAACAUUACAGGGAUGCACUUAAAAAUAGCAUGAAGACAACUUUACACUGUAGUUUUACUCUAUAUAGCACACUCAGUAGAGUUCAAGUAUAUCUGGACUUUACUCCAAUAUCAGGCUAGGACUGAAGAAUAUAUUGCCUCAAAAAUCUUAGUGCAACAAAAUCACUGAUGUCCCAGCAUGAACGUUUCUUUUUUUGUAGUUGCAAUGUGUGAAGCUGAUUGUCUAGACUGCACCUAGACAACACAACAAGUUUUCUACAUGACUGAUGUGAAAUGAUAACUAUUUGACAUGGCUCACACUUUAAAGAAGAGGCAAUCUUUCCUUUGGUUGGGGGCAAAACAGGGGUGUGUGUGUGUGUGUGUGUGUGUGUGUGUGUGUGUGUGUGUGUGUGUGUGUG